UGGAGGGAAGAAGAAAAGACAAGGAAGAGUGCAUCCCCGCUCUCUGGGGAGGAAAGGGUUAACCCCAUUACGACAAACCAAUCAAAGCAGGGAGCCACACUGCAAAACCACCGCAGUGAGUGAGAGAGGGAGACUAAGAUAGAGAACAAGUGAACGAGAGAGAGAGAGAGAGAGAGGGACAAGCAAGGAUGAGGAGGUGCAACAGCAACACGUCAAUGCAACACAGUUUGAAGAGAGCGUGUGUGAUCACAGAAGGAAACACUCAGCAGGACAGUAGAUCAAACUCAGAGGACGUCUGCUUCACUCUGUUGACAGCUUGCACGGACAGCAUUUGAUUCAUUCUCACACGCUGACAUGCAACGGCUGCAAAAGUGUGCAGAAGAUGCACUUGUGGAUCUCAGAUGAUGCUUUGGUGAAGCUGUAGCUACUCCACGUUGCAUGACAGAUGAGCGCGAAGGAUUGUAGGAUUAAAGAGCUGAAGAAAACUGCUUCCAAAGUGCAAUUGAGGCCCAUCUUACCCCAACUUUCAGGAAGACAUGCGUUAGCAUUGCGUCUGUGAGGAUGUUCGCUAAAGUCGAUUUCCCAGGUGAAGACAUUGCCAUGCACACCACGUUUUAAACACGUGCUUCGGACAAUGUUGACGAUGUGGCCUAAAGGUUUCCUUCUAUGAGAGGACAGGAAAUACUUCAGACACCCAGAAUGCACCACUCCCUCAUGCCGACCUAAACAUUUCUGUGACCUUCUUUGGCUCAUGCAAAUCAGCAAACGCAAUUCAAAAUGGAUUUAUCACCUUGUACGGCCCAUAAAAAUGCAAUAACGGGAAUGCAUCAGCAUUGAAGCAACAUUAUGGGACCAGGUUACUGGAUUUCUUCGAUGGUACUAAGGGAGAUCAACUUCUUAACCCUAGCGUGGAUAUAAUAUUAAAUCAAAACUAUUGUUUUCAGUCGUCAGAUUGGUUAAGAGAAAUGGACAGUUGUUCUCUGAAUCCCUCGCCUCUUCCCUGACCAUUAAGCGAGAAAAUCGCCUGGAUUACGAGGAUUAAGACGUGCAGAAUACUUCCUUGAAAGGCCAUGCAUGGGGCUGAUGUACAACUUGUACCCCUUCCAGACUCAAUCGCUGACUCCCGAGACUGAGAAAGGGAAGAGAUAAUGCACGUCCCUCCCGCGACGGAGGAAGAGAGCACCAUGAGUAACGUUACAGUUCUCGACAUCACCGAGUCCGUGAGUCCCGCCAUGACGCCGGCCGUCCCGUACCCGUUCCCGCUCAGCUUCCAGGUGUCCCUGACGGGAUUCCUCAUGCUGGAGAUCGUCUUGGGACUGAGCAGCAACCUGACCGUUCUGGCCCUCUAUUGCAUGAAGUCCAACCUGGUCAAUUCGGUCAGCAACAUCGUCACCAUGAACCUCCACGUGCUCGACGUGUUGGUGUGCACCUGCUGCAUCCCUCUGACGACUGUGGUGUUGAUGCUGUCUCUGCAAGGCGACACGGUGCUCGUCUGCUGCUUCCACGAAGCCUGCGUGUCUUUCGCAAGUGUGGCUACCGCAUCAAACGUGCUAGCUAUCACUUUGGACCGAUAUGACAUCUCCGUUAAACCGGCGAAUCGUGUGCUGACUAUGGGACGAGCGGUGGCUCUGUUGGGAUGCAUUUGGGUGCUGUCCUUUAUCAGCUUCUUGGUGCCGUUUAUCGAAGUGGGAUUCUUGGGACCGGAGCCCACCAAAGCCAAUCAGACUGUGGUUGUGCACGUCAACGAAUAUUACACCGAACUCGGACUUUAUUACCACCUAGUGGCCCAAAUCCCAAUUUUCUGUUUGACUGCCGUCAUCAUGUUGGUGACGUACGCGAAGAUCCUUCAGGCGCUCAACAUCCGUAUAGGUACGCGCUUCCACGCCACGCAAAAAAAGAAGAAAAAGAUUAGAAGAAAAAAUAACUUUUCUCUCAUGUCUACGUCUGAGCAGCAGCUUCCCGAGAUCACAGACGGCUCGAAGAGCAGCAACCGUGGAAAUGCUCCGCUCGGCAUGCGGAUGUCCGUCUCGGUGAUCAUCGCCCUGCGAAGGGCCGUCAAGCGCCACCGGGAACGCCGUGAGCGCCAAAAGCGUGUUUUCCGCAUGUCGUUGCUCAUCAUCUCCACGUUCCUCCUCUGCUGGACUCCCAUCACUAUUUUAAACGCUGUGAUCCUCAGCGCAGGCCCCAGCGACCUCAGCGUCAAGCUCCGGAUGGGUUUUCUGGUCAUGGCCUACGGCACCACGGUCUUCCAUCCUCUCUUGUACGCCUUCACCAGGCAGAAGUUCCAGAAAGUCUUGAAAAGUAAAAUGAAGAAGCGGGUGGUUUCCAUCAUCGAGGUGGAUCCGCUGCCGAACAACACGGUGAUCCGAAACUCCUGGAUCGAUCCCAAGCGGAAUAAGAAAGUGACGUUUGACGACCACGAAGCCAGGCAGAAAUGUCUAUCAUCCGAAGAUGCAGACUAAAACGACCUCCGGGAUUGGGAACAGUUCUCAUAAAAACACUGUUAUACAUAAAUGUGAAUAUUAGCCAUACAUGAGCUUAUAUUGAAAGAAUCGGUUCCUAUUUAUGACUAACUUGGUAUAUGAUAUGGUUUCAUAGAUGGUGCAUGUCCUUUAUAAACCACUCUAUGUACUGUAAAUACAUGAAAACUCAUGCAUACUCUUUAUUAGUUACGUAUCUCAUUUAUGACGUGUAUACAUGUAUUUAUAAUAAACUACGAAGGGAAAAAGACAAAAUCCAUCUGCGUUUGAUCUCAGAUGCUGUGAAUAUCAUCCUGUGUAGGAAUAUGAACAUAUGAAAAAAAAGGAGGUUUAUUGACUAAUAGAUUCAUAUGAUUCACUUACAAAUGUCUUCAUGAUUACUCUUUUGCUUUGACUAACUGCAUAUUAUCCGUCUUAAGUCGACUUGUGUGUGAAUGUGAAGAGAUUGUACAACAAAAAGGAGAAAUACUGACGAAGCAGCUGCAAAAACAAUGAACGAAACACUCAAAAGCACUUAAAAUAAUCACUUUGUGUUGCUACACUCCAUGUCUUUUAAAGUCAUAUGACACUUUGGAUCAGUAACACACCAAAAUGUAACAUCUGGCAACCCUGUAAAGCCCUGUGAUUCGUGAAGAAAAGAAGAGAAGAUGCUGCAAAUAUCAUUGUUUUAGAGCCGUCGAAUCUGAGGAAACGUCUGGCACAUUUUGACACUGCUGUCAAGGACAUAAUGUCCCUCAUUUUGCAUUCAGUGAAACACUGAAGUGAAGCUCCCACUCACUAAAUCUGCAUACAUAUUAAUGAAUCAUUUCCCAGGUCAGCGCUGUAGCUCUUAGAGGUCUAUUGUGCACCAUUAUGAGAACAUUUGCCCUUGCAUGUUCAGUGGGAAUUAUUUUGUAUUGUCAAGAAUUAAAUGAAUUAGUUCGAAAUUAGAAUGAUUCACAAACCAGUUCAAGUUUCCAUUCAGCAAAUUAAAUGUUUUAGUUUAUUCACAAGCUUGUGGUCUGAAUUGAAUAAGAUGAGAGAGAAAGACCAUGAAAUAAUACACUUACGAUACACAU